GAGAGAGAGAGACAGAGAGGAGGAGUGGGGGGGCGUGUCCCAGCCGUUACAGCACCCUCCUGUUUGUCCCGCAUUCAGCAGAGAGAGCAGCCUGUCCUCAUGCAAGGACGCCCCUCUCCUCUCCGGAGCAGCGCGCGGGGCUGAGCUCAAUCUGCCCGGGAGAGAGAGAUGAUGUCCCGGCAGGCAGACCGGGAACAGAUGACUGGGAAAAUAUGAAUGGAUUUAUUUUUUUGAGGACGACUCUGACUUUCCUACAAAGCGUUACAAGGUUAUGUUUUUUUGACUGAGCGUGUUUAAGGCGACGAGAGCGCAGAGGCUUUGCUUCUGGGUGCAUGUUUUGCUUCAGUUUUUUCCCAAAUGAAGUUUUAACUCAACUUUAAAUGUAGCGAGAAAAUAUAAGGACUACUUUCUUUAACUUUGUGAGUUUCCACAAACAGACUGAGGUUGCAGAAACUUUUUUCUCUCGUUGAGAUGGAGCCGGAGGAGGGGAAGAUCUCUGUGUGGGUCUGCCGGGAGGAGAAGCUUGUCUCUGGGCUGACGAAGCGAACCACCUGCGCCGACGUGGUCAAAGUCCUGCUGGAGGAUCAGAACCUGCAGCAGGGCGCCUCGGCGGCGAUGCUGUCCGGCUCCCCGCAGUCCUACUGCGUGGUGGAGAAGUGGAGAGGCUUCGAGAGGAUUUUGCCCAACAAGACCAAAAUCCUCAGGCUGUGGAGCGCCUGGGGGGACGAGCAGGAGAAUGUCCGCUUCGUCCUGGUGAAGAACGAGGCUUCGCUGCCAAACAACGGGCCCCGCAGCGCCGAGGCCCGGGUGGUCCAGAGCAAGGAGAGCGGCGGCCCGGGCGGAGUGCUGAAGGGCACUGCCAGGACUUGCUGGACCGCCGCUGCCGCUGCAGCCAAUUUGUCCCAGGAGAAACAGAGGCGCAUAGUCAGGAAGGCUUUCAGGAAGUUGGAUAAGAUGAACAAAAAGAAAGAGCAGGCUGUUUCUAAAGAUAAGGGCUCCGUGGAGAAGAUGGAGACGCUGGUUCACUUGGUGAUCUCCCAGGACCACACGAUCCGCCAGCAGAUCCAGAGGAUCAAGGAGCUGGACCGGGAGAUCGAGCGGUACGAAGCCAAAGUGCACUUCGACCGCAUCAAGAGACACGGGGUGAACUAUGUGCAGGACACAUACAUGGUGGACUCCUCCACGGAGGCUCCCGCAUCUUCGGACUGUAAGCGCAAAGCAGAGCGGCAGGACGCGCGGUGCACAGCGGAGGCGGUGGCGCAGUUCGAGGAGUACGCGCGCCAGUGUGAGGAGGUGGUGCGGCUGCAGGAGGAGCUGACGGAGCGCGAGGCGCUCGUGGAAAGCAUCACGGGGGAGAUCCAGGAGGAGCUCAACCGGCGGUGGAUGAAGCGGCGGCGGGAGGGGAGGGAGGAGAGAGGAGCGGAGGCGGCGAAGGACACAGACAGCCUCGCGGAGGAGAUGUGCCUGGCAGCGUCUGACGCUCCAGCUGUGGAACCAGAUGUGGAGAGUUUGUCUGAGAACGAGUGCGCGCUGGAGGAGAUGAGGAUCAAAACGCAGUUGGACACCAGUCUGUACAUCGGCCUGCGGCUGAAGACAGACCUUGACGCCAUCAGGGGGGACUUGGACCUGAGUCUGGCACUCUGGGAGACCAGGGAGAGUGAACUGCUGGACCUACUGGCCAAAGUCGAGACCAUGGAGCUAGAGCAGGUGAACAGCACACUGGCUGAUGAUGGGAAGGCAGAGCUGGGCGCAGUGAGCGCUGAGGCUGAGCCGGAGUCAGCAGAGAAGAGCAGCGUUUGGGUGGAGCAGGCCAGAGGUCUGUCCAAGGCCUGCAACACAAACGAUGAAGACUCGGACACAGGUCUGAGCUCCAUGCACAGCCAGGACUCGGAUAACCCACCUGUGUGCGAGUCCCUCGUAUAGACUCACUUUGUUUGGAAGCAUGUUGGACUUUUAUGCAUUUCAAAGCCACAAACUCAGGGGCAGAGAAUCAGUGUUGGCAAUACUGGGGUCGAGUCUUCCCUCCCCAUAAUGCACCUCAGUCUGGACACUGUAAUUCUAUAGCAAUAAUUCCUAUAUGUAGUUGCACAAUAAGCUAGGAGGGACAGCAUGCUUAGAGAGGUUUGAUAGGCCAUGCUGCUCCAUAGCUGACCUUUGACUUCCAUGAGAGUCAAAAAAAGUACCACUUAUUAAGAGAACUAGCCUAGAGGAGUAUUAUAAUAAGCCACUUGUAAUCUGUAGUCUUCAGCAAGAAACUAACUUUAAGGUAAACAUGAUCACAGGUUUACAAAGAGUUAAUCACAGCUUGCUUUUGUCAGGAUACAGUCUGACUUUUUGCUGAGGCGACUGAGAGGUAAGGUAGAGUGUUGUACUCUGUAAGUGUGCCUAAUGGACACAAACAGACAGGUUUCCUUUAAAAGGUCAUCAUCAAGUGUACCGUAAUGCACAGUAAACAUUAAACCUACAGUCCGGUCAGCGUGCUAUGGAAGCUCUUUCAGUCAAACAAAUGCAUGAUCAACCUGGGUUCAGCGUCACCUCAGCCUCUUCAAAAUAAGACGGAAAUUUAAAGUAAAUUGUAGCCGGUUAAAAGUGACUUCUUGUCUUGUCUGUAUUUGGAAAAAAUGAACACUGCACAACUUGUGGACUGAAGCUGAAACACUCACUUUCUGCUGGCUAAGCAGAGUAGAUCUUUUGAUAUUGUCCUGUAAUAGUGUCAGUCUUUUAAGCACAAAACGUCCUAUUUAUUUAACAAUAUGUCCUGUACUGGUCAACUUUCAGGUUGGAUUUAAAAUGCAAUAUCUGAUUCCUAAUUUUUAUUAUUAUUUUUUUGGGCAUAGUAGCUCUUUUGUGGCUGUUUCAUUGUGCCCCUUUAAAACAAGACAAAGUCAAAAGCUGUGUGCAUUUCAGGCAAGCAGAGGGUGAUUUUUUGCUCAGAUUCUUUACUCUGAAGAAUUAAAGAACCCCGAAGAGAACAAAAAAACAACAAAAAAAAAAAAAAAAUAGAGAAUAGUUGAAAUUUAAGCAGCACAGACAGAGAUAUUCUGAUUUUUAGUUACUAGUUUGGGUCAAACUCCAAAAAAACAAAUGUUAGAUUUCUUGCCAACUGUUCUGGUGGUGGCUUGCUUUCCCCGAAAAUCAACUUUAACAGAUAUGAAAAGAUUCACGUUUACAUCGUGCUUCAAGUCAAGGAAUUAUUUCCUCUAUCGAAGGAACGUUUCAUCAGAGGGUGCAAGUUAUGGUGCGAGUAAAAACGAACAUAACAGGACUACAAAUUCGAGCCUACACAUUAGAUCUACAUUAAUACUGUAUGAAAAGCCAGCAAGGUGAAAAACACAUUAUAUUAGAAUUUAUGUUUUCAGCUUCCUUGGCUUUUCAUAUUUAACUAACUUGAUGCAGUUAUUCUCAUGUCCAGUGUAACAAAAAAUGUAACAUUUAUUUAAAACAUGCCCUUUCAUGUAAGUCUUUACAUUGUUGCCAGGCCUGUGCAUUUUUAAGCUCCCGUUUUGAAUGGUGUCAUAUUAUUAAAUAGCUGUUCGUAGUGGUUAUCAGCAGAGGUGAGGACUCGAGGCACAAUUUGAUGCCUUUAGGCUUCACUUUUACAAAAUCAAACAAGACUUGCAAUUGACUUGGAUGUUACGUAUGACUUGUAACUUGACAUGGACUUGAAUCUUUUGACUUGAAAAUACUUGAUACCUGUAACUGUAAAAUGUCAUUACUCUGUUGUGAAAAUGGUAUUAGACUUGU